UUAUCUGGUAUUGCCAUGGGAAAAUGGCGUGGCAGUAAACUGCAACCAAGACGAGAAGGCCCAUAUAAAAUUCUCACUAAAUUAUCAUCUGUUACCUAUGAAUUAGAACAUAUUAUAUCUCGUCAACGUUUAUCACCAAUACACAUAGAACGACUUACUCCUUUUUAUUCGUUUACAACCAUCUCUUAA